UAUAAUUGCUGCCCUCUAUCGCCACCAUUCCAUUCGUCGUCUGCUCCUAAUAUUUGGUACAUGUCUCGCUUCGAUGGGCGUGGCCUUGACUUCCAUGGCAACCAGCAACGCUCAAAUGUCAAUCUAUCUCUCAAUAACCGGUCUUGGAUAUUGCAUGGUACAUAUAUGUUGUACCAUGACAUUGCACCACGUGGCUCAAAAUUUCAACCUACUUUUCAGCAUUAGUUUGACUGGAUAUGGCGUCGGAAUGUUUCUGUUACCACUCAUAGCUGAAUUCCUACGUCAAGCUUACGGUUGGAGAGGUGGACUGCUCAUCAUUAGCGCGCUGAUGGCACAUAUUAUCCCAGUUGGCAUGGCAAUCAAGUUCGAAUCAGAUGAGAGCAGCACACAGAGAAAUGACGUUCAGAGUGUCCCAAGUUCGCCCCCAGAGUUUAACGAGGAAGAGGAGAGCAACAUCAGCACAAGCAAGGACACAGAAGAUGACAACAGAGACGAGAUUGGAGUUUUUCGUAGUAUCGCCAACAGCCUUCGCCAAUCUGAUUUUUACGUGGAUCCUGUGCUCAAUGUGCUACUUGGUGCAAUUUUCGCGUCGCAUAUGGUUUGGGGAGGUUGGCACUCCUUUCUUAUACCGCAUGCUCUGCAGAGGGGAAUCUCUGUCCGGAACACCAUUAUCAUCACUUUCUCAGCAGCAAUAGGGAAUACCUUCGGCAGGGCUGCUGUAGGUGUCCUUACCAACAGCCUCGUCAAACCUGUUACCCUCUUUCUCUUCGCUACAAUGUUAAACAUCGCCACUCUUCUUUGCGACGUGUAUUUCACCAACUUCUACGCCAUGUUGGUGACGUCAUGUAUCUCCGCAAUGGCAGUAGGAGGGGAGGCGGUGUUAGGACAGUUGGUUGUGAGGUACAGAGCAUCUCCAGAGAAGUUUGAUGUCGUGUAUGCAGCCGCCUUAAUUUUUAUCGGAUCCGGGCGGUUUCUUGGUGGCUAUUUGAGUGGAAUGAUUGCGGAUCACUUCUCAUCCUACAACGCAACGUUCAAACUAUUAGCUUUCAUCGAGGUUGUCGUUCUCCUCCUAAUGGUAGUCGUGAGAUGCAGACCAAAAGCAAACCCCGUCUGAACAUGCUGUAUCGGAAGCGUGUAACAUAUAUUUUUUAUAGUGAGCUUUGAAAGCGAGUUCGUUCAGAAUGUUUUCUUUUUAUAUAUUAAAAAUAAAAUUAUUUUAAAAACAAUUUCUUUUCCUUUUUCAUAAACGCAUUUGGAGCUUAUUAUAUAAGUAAUCGAUAGGCAACUCAUAGAUACUUUUGUUUUACAUGCUGAAUAUAAUAAUACAUUUAUUACCAACAUACUGUGUAUAGAAUUUGAAAAAAAUUGUCUCUUAAUAUGUUCAAGUAUUGUAGAGUACAAUAAA